AUGGCGCUCCUCGGCAGACUCCUCGGGAUCUGUCUCCUUCCUCUCAUCCUCUGCAUCGCCCUCGAGCAGACUCUACACCUCGCCGAGAUUCUCAUCAUUGCGUGCCGCUACAUCGCUAGCAUGCACAUGAUACGCUCGCUCCUCUCCGCUUGCUUCGACUAUCUUCACGACUCACGGGAGUGCGAUAUCGUCGGCUCCUUCCCAGGCUCGCCACUCAUACUGUCGGUACUGCUGGAGCGAGAAAUUCCUAACGACGAGCACGAACUCGACGACUACCGCAACGGCCUGAAGAAGGCCUUCUACGAAGAGCAAUGCAAUGCUGGGCGCAUCAGCUUCGCCCAAAAGCUCACUUUCCUGAACGACCCAAACGCGUUGUGGGUUAGGAGAGAGGAGGACACCGAAUUCGCGCAGAAGCACCAGGCUGCGAUGGCGCAAUACCAAGCAGCUCCGCGCAUCGAGACCACGAGACAGUGGACGAGGCGCAUGCGAGAAGAACGCGAGGUGGCACAUGAUGGCAUUCAGCGGCCACAGAGCACGGAAAGCGCAUCACACGUCAGCCCUCCACGCCCAUCGAGAUCACUGCAGCCGUAUCAAGGCUCUGCACACGCGCACGCUCUCGCACUCGUCAGCGAUUUGCCCCCGCAAGUACCGCCAAAGUUCAAAGCGCUUCGAGGUCUUGCGCCGCGCGAUUCGAAGGGCAACAUAGUGUGGGGAACAGACCCAGUCUACGAGGCAUAUCUAAUGCAAGAAGCUCGUGCAAAGCUUGCGCCGCCAGGGGCUGUCUACAGACGCUGGGACAGCUUUACACUGACAGCGAGCGAGAAGGUCCGCUUGAAGAAGGUCAACCUCGCGGACAAGCUCAACCUGUAUUCGUACAGCAUUCGACACUGGAAGGAGGAUGUCUUCCAGAUCCACCCGCCAGACAACCGUUCAAUGUUUCUUGACAUUCAAGACGGAACGUACCACGAGAUGGGCGAGUGGGACUAUUCUAACAAAAUCCCACUCUGGAGAAUCAUCUCGGCGAUCAAAGCUCAGACCGGAGGAACAGGUCAACCUAACACUGGUUCCGACACUGGGAACACGAAAACCUUUGGCCCUGGUUUCAACAACAGCGGUGCAAGCACCGACAACCCUACGAACACCGGAGCUGUCUGGGGCACUGUAACACAGCCACCACCUUCGGUAAACACGAACAACACCAACAACGGUGGAGGCAUGUUUGGCGCAGCACCAGCUCCAGGCCAGCCAGGCUCCCUUUUCGGCAGACCUACUGGUGCAAGCGACACUGGUAACAACGGCGGCGCGCCACCGUUCCAAGGUCUUCCUACGCAGCCCAGCAACAAUAUCCCCGAACCUUCACAGAACAAUCAGACUAGUCAAGGCACUGAAGCGCCACCCCAGUCGAACAAUCCGCUCAUGGCAAUGUUCCAGCCCCAAUACCAGGAAGCUCGGAUACAGGAGUGGCUCGAGGACAUGAAAGGUUUACUAGACAAGUUCACGUACGGCGCAGUCAAAAAAGACACCAACAACCCAGACGAUGCUUGGUCCGCUGCCUGUGUCACUGCCGAGCUCUAUCUACGCUGGAUAGCCGAGUUUGUGGGCGACGCGAAUGGCAACUGGAACAAGAACCUCCUCCCUGUCCCAAGGGCGAAGAAGAUGGGUAUCAAAGCCCCAUGGUGGAUGAAGUUAGGCAGAGAGUUAAAGAAGGUACACGAGAACUCGCAGACUACGGCGGAUUCACCACUCGAGAAACUCUGGGUGCAGUUUGAAAAAGUGCAUAACAUGUGCAGGGAGGGAAUCACAUCUUAG